AUGGAUGGAGGAAAUCACACCAUGGUAUCAGAAUUUGUGUUGCUGGGCCUCACCAAUUCACAGGGAGUUCAGAUUCUCCUUUUUCUGUUCUUCACAGUAUUUUAUGUAGCAAGCAUGAUGGGAAACCUUCUCAUUGUGCUCACAAUCAUCUCAGACCACCACCUGCACUCCCCGAUGUACUUCCUGCUAGCAAACCUCUCCUUCAUAGAUACAGGUGUGUCUAGCAUUGCUACUCCAAAGAUGAUUUCUGACCUCUUCAGAAAAUGCAGAGUCAUCUCCUUGAAUGGAUGCAUCACUCAGAUGUUCUUCAUUCAUGCUGUCGGGGGAACAGAGAUGGUGCUGCUCAUAGUUAUGGCCUAUGACCGCCAUAUCAGCAUCUGUAAGCCCCUCCACUACCUCACCAUCAUGAGCCUAAGGAUGUGCAUUUUUCUCUUGGCUCUGCCUUGGACCAUUGGCUUUAUCCAUUCUGUGGCCCAACUGGCUUUUAUUGUAAACUUACCCUUCUGUGGAGCUAAUAAAAUGGAUAGCUUUUACUGUGAUUUCCCUCGGUUCAUCAAACUUGCAUGUACAGACACAUACACAUUGGAGUUCCUGGUCACUGCCAACAGUGGUUUCAUCUCCAUGGCCACCUUCUUUAUCCUCCUUGUGUCUUACAUCUUCAUCCUGGUCACAGUUCGUAAACACUCCUCAGGUAUGUCCUCCAAGGCCCUCUCCACCCUCUCAGCUCACAACACUGUGGUGACUUGGUUAUAUAAAAUACACCAUAAAGCAAUGAGACUGACUCUGACUAGGAUAAGCAUCCCUCCCAGAUCAUCCCUCUACAGGACUAAUAUUCUUAUCUAA